CGCGUUCAUACCGAAAACGUUCACUUCCUUCAACACAAAGCUGUUCCUAUUGGACAGACAGUAGCUGUAGUGUACAAUAAGUUACCUACUUGGCCACUUGUGACAUUAACAAGAGUUAGUUCUUUUCAACACUUGGUUUUUGUUUUAAAGUUCAGUGUUUACAGCGCUUUGGUGUGGACGCACGGCAAUUGUAAAACAAUGGUGACGAUUCUGCAGUAAGCAUGGGUCAGAUAGAAGAAGCUAAGCCGUCGUGUCUCAACAUUCUCACCUACCACAGAGAGCUGCUGGUGUCCAGGUUGAGGAGCAUCCAGUGCAUCCUGGACAACCUGCUGUCCUGCGGCUUCGUCUGUGAAGAAGAUGUUGAGAUCGUUCAGCAAACCGUCACCAAGACAGAUCAGGUACGUAAGAUCUUGGAGCUAGUCCAAUGCAAAGGGGAGGAGGCCUGUGAAUACUUAAUUUACAUCAUUUACAAAGUAUGUGAUGCAUACAUAGACCUCCAGCCAUGGUUGAAAGAGAUCAAUUACAACCCAAGCAGUGAUGUAAUGCUGAUGGGUGUGGUUAACACAGAUCCCAUCAGCAGGUAUUAUGAGAAGAUGAGGCAUGAGAUGAGCCAGGACACCUGCUUCAUCAUGUCUUACGGCCAGCGAGAGGAGACCCGUCUGGAGGAGCUGUACACUGGCACACUGAUGGAACUGUUGAAUGACUGCAAUGAAAGUUUGGGCUUCCUGGAGAGUCUGGACACGCUCUUAGGAGACCAUGCAGUCUUCAAUCCCCAAGGUGAAAUCACCUAUGUAAUGGGGGAUGCUGGUGUGGGAAAAUCCAUCUUCCUGCAGAAGCUCCAGAACCUCUGGUCCAAGAAAGAGCUGCAGACAGACGCCAUCUUCUUUUUUAAGUUCCGCUGUAGGAUGUUCAGCCUCUUCAAGGACACAGAGCAGAUCUCCCUCAGAGAGCUUUUGUUCAAACACAACUGCUCCCCAGAUCACGACCCAGAUAACGAGGUGUUUGAUUACAUACUGCGCUUCCCUGAGAAGGUUCUUUUUACAUUUGAUGGCUUCGAUGAGAUUCAGAUCAAAGACCUGAUGAAUAUUGCUGAAGUGGUUUCACCAGAAGUCAAGGCACACCCCCUCCAGCUGCUCAUCAGCCUGCUCUGUGGGAAAUUACUCAAGGGCUCCAAGAAGGUGCUGACGGCCCGGACAGGGACCGAGAUCCAGAGUAGGGUGAUCAGAAAGAAGGUGGCUCUGCGCGGGUUCUCCCAAGCUCAUCUGCGGACCUACAUCGAUCUGCACUUUAAGGAGCAGGAGCACCGAGAGCUGGUGUCAGUCCAGCUGGAUGCUUGCCCCCACCUCUGUGGCCUCUGCUCCACCCCGCUCUUCUGCUGGAUUGUAUUCAAUAGCUUCAGGCACCUGCACACCAUGCAUGAUAGUUUCCAUCUGCCUGAAACCUGCAUCACGCUCACGGACAUCUUCCUUCUACUGGCUGAGGUGUUCCUCAGCCGCUCAGCCUUACCAGCACCAUCUCUGCUGAAGAAAAGCACUCGGUGUGCAUCAGAAACAUUCAAAGCGGGGCUCAGGUCUCUCGCAGCAUUUGCAAGACUAGCACUUCAGGGUAUGGAGAGAGGAAGCUUCAUUUGGAGCCAAGAGGAGAUGAGUGCGUGUGGCUUGACAGAGGAGGACCUGUCCCUGGGCUUUCUUCGACCUGUCUCUGAGUGUGAUGCCAGUGGAAGCCCUGCUACUUUUGAAGUCCUCCAUAUCACCCUCCAGUCUUUUCUGGCAGCAUUUGCUCUUGUGUUGGAUGAGCAGGCUCCUGCCAGAUCCAUCCUCAAGUUCUUUGUAGAGUGCAGAAAGAAGAGAACACCAUCCUGUCUGCCUUUUGACUUCUGUGUCAGUGGCUCCUCAAAGUCCAGUGAAAAGAAUCCAUUUGCCACUAAUGAACACCUUCAGUUCACUAAUCUGUUCUUGUGUGGCCUGCUGUCCAAGGCUCACAUUGGCCUGAUGGAGCAUCUGGUAUCUCCCGUGUUGUUAAAGAAAAAACGGGCCUUACUAAAAUCCUGCCUUUCCACCGGUGUCAUCUCCCACCUCUAUGGCUUACCCCACUACGACGGUGAAGACGGCAGGAAAGUUCAUGUUCUGCCCAACUUCCUGUGGAUGCUGCGGUGCAUCUUUGAGACAGGGAGCAAAGACAUAGCUCAGAUGACAGCCAAAGGCAUCACAGCUGACUUCAUCAAGCUGGGCUACUGUAACGUGUCCUCAGGCGACUGCACCGCCCUGAACUUUGUACUACAGCACUGUCACAAGCCUCUGGGCUUCGACAUGGACAACAACAACAUCAGUGACUAUGGGGUGAAGCAGCUGAAGCCCUCCUUCUGUAAGAUGACAGUAGUGAGAUUAAGCGUCAAUCACCUGUCUGACAGCAGCAUUGAGGUUCUUGCAGAGGAGCUGUGUAAGCACAAAGUCGUGGAGAUCUUGGGGCUUUACAACAAUCACAUCACAGAUGUUGGAGCCAAGCUAGUUGCUCAGAUCAUUGAGGAAUGCCCAAAGCUGAGAGUUGUCAAGAUUGGUAAAAACCAGAUCACUAAUGUUGGUGGGAGGUAUUUGGCCAACGCAAUUCAGAAGAGCACUUCUAUAUUUGAUGUGGGAAUGUGGGGGAACAGCAUCGGCGAUGAGGGAGCAGAAGCAUUUGCAGGAGUUUUGAGGCACCACCCAAGUCUUACCAACCUCAGUCUCUCAGCUAAUGGCAUCACAUCUCAAGGUGGGAAGUGCCUGUCAGAAGCGCUGAAAGAGAAUAACGUCCUCAGGAUAUUCUGGUUAGUGCAGAAUGAGUUGACUGAUGAUGCAGCUCCACACUUUGCUGAGUUGGUCCAAGCGAACACAGGUUUAAUCCACCUCUGGUUAAUCAGCAACCAGUUCACUGUGGAGGGGAUCCAACAGCUCGCUGAGGCCCUUACUCACAACACAGCUCUCAAAGAGAUAUGUGUGAAAGGAAACCAGCUCUCUGAAGAGGAAGAGAAACAGUUUGUGGCAGAGAAGAGGCUGCGGUUCCACUGACUGGGCAUGUGAGACAUUCAUGUGCUGUCUGUGUGGCAGGGAAGAUGUAGUGCGGGUUCACUGUAUGCAUGCACAGUGUUAGCAAUCACAAAGUCUGACUAUAACUGAAUGGAAAUACUCUCGUCUAUAUUCUUCACAUCCUUCGUUGUUGAUGAAACCAUGUUUGCACUGAGGAAACUGUCGCUUUGAUGUAGGAGAGGAAAAUGUUUGACUCUAGCUGCUAGAUCUAAUAGAACUUUAGAUGAUUCUAGAUUCUAGCAUCUUAAUGUUGCUCUCAAAGUGCACCAGAUACAAACAAUUCACUUUAAAAUGUUAAAAACAUUCUGCCCGUGGGAGCAUGCCCCCGGACCCCCCUAGAGGAUGUGAAGUCCACCCUACUCCUAAGACAUGUCAACAUGACUAAGGCCAGGUAACAUGGACCUGGUUAACAUGACUGAUAUGUUGACGACCAGCACAAAACACUGUGUGUGUAGUGGCUUUGCU